GUAUUUCGCAGCUUUCUCUCUUGAGAAAGUACUUUUGCUUGAAAAUAAGGUCAUAUUCGGAAUCAGCAUGAAAAACUUCAUCUAAUGGUAUAUAAGCUAGCCGCCUUCGGCAAAGUAUUGCUCAGUUUCUAAAAGUCGAACAUUUGUGAGCGUUUUUGUUAGAAGUUUGAUAUCGAUUUUUUGGAAGACCUCUUAGCGUCGCGCAAAUAUUUUCAAAGCACAAAUUUAUAGGUUUUAGGUUACGGCGAGUCUGAAACUUUGUUUUAAAACAAUUGCAAACUUUUUCUAGGGGAUUUUUGAAGCCUGGAUCUCUGAAGUUGCAAAAAGUCAGUCUACAUUUAGAGCGGAAAUUGACUUCCGCAAGAAUGAAAGCUGUUUUAAUUUCUACCAAAUCAUGCAAACUGGAUUUUUUUUUAAAUAGAGUUGUAGACCGACGUCUGAUUUACAAUUUAGCCAUUCCGAAAAUUUCUUCAGUGGCGGACUUUUGGGAAAAACCGUAAGAGAAGGUCGGUCUACAAAAAACGGAAAAGAUGCUUGUAAAAUGAUUAUAUCUAAAAGACAACAAAAAAAAGUAAACAAAGUUGAACACUAAUCAUAUGGUUAGAUUCACAAUUCACUUCUCUACAGGAUGCGCUGCUUUCCUUUUCUUUUUAUAUCUUUUUAUAUAAUCAAAAACUCAGUUUUCAGAUGAUGAGUCAUCAGAAAAUUAAGUUUUUUCAACUUUCGAGUCCCAUAACUUUGCAACGAAAGGACAUAUCGAGCCACAAUUUUUUGUGGAAGUGGGCAAAGUACUAGGCAAAGCACAGGAAAAAAUUUGCUCAUGCGAGCCUCUUGUAACCUGAGUUAUUAUAGAAACAUAUCUAAACAAAUGAUUGUACUAGAAAGUUACGUUUCUCUCAUAUAUGCAGUGUUGUGUUUGAGCGUCUGUCAGUGAUUCUUACUAUAUUCAUUUCUACUAAUUGUUGCACAAUAAAUCUUACACACAGGCAGUAAUUUCGUUUAAUUUGUCAGUCAGAGCUUAGGACCGGAGAAUACAAAGAAAAUGUCUCACUUGAGCAUAGCCUAGUAUAUGACAAAUCAUCGUAGAAUAAUGUUUGAGUAUACAUCGUUUCGUUCUCAUUUUUUCUGUUUGUAAGAUUUAGUUAUGUUUUCACCCAUUUAAAAACUAAAUACAAGAGACCAAGCAAAGUUGAUUUGAUCAAAAAAGUCUCCCAGUAAGAAGAAGUUGAAGUGACAGCAUAGUGGAAUCAGCUCUUACGCAUAUAUACAUAUAUAUUACUCAGAUAUGUUAGUGCUUAUCUAAUUUUUUUCAAAUAUUAAAUUAUCAUUAAGUACUCUUUAAGCAAUACAUUAUUCUCUUGGUAACAACUAGAGCAUCAAACAACAUAAUAGGUAAGUUGACUUUUUUAAUUAAUAGCCAUUGAAACUUCCAAUUUCAAAUGUUUGUCGUAAUAUAAACUUUAGUAACCUUUGUUAAAUUACUGUUCACAUUAUUCAAAGUGAUCGUAUUGCCUAGCGAUGUCUAAUGAAAUUGGUGAUACAUUAAAACUGAUGGCUCUUGGUCGUCCAUUUCAGCUUGGAAUGCUCUACAAUGGCAGAAGUGAUGCUUAUAAUAAUAGUAACUGUAACAAUAUUUCCACAGAAGAUACAUUUGAAGAAAAGUCAGCUAUGCUUGGAAUCAAUGCUGAAUUAAAAUUGAGCGUAUUAGCUGGUCUUGUUAAAGUAUCCGGUGCAGCGAAUUAUGUCAAUGAUCGUAAAGAAACUGAACUUAUUGAACGUCUGACAUUGAAGUAUUCGACAACAACACGUUUUGAUCAACUGACAAUGGCUCAUUUGGGCAAAAAGAAGACGAAUCAUCCAGAAGUAUUUGAUCAACAAAUUGCUACGCAUGUUGUUACUGGUGUUCUCUAUGGUGCCGAAGCGUUCUUCAUACUUGAUCGAUUAAUUUCUGAUAGUGAAGAUCGCACAGAAGUUCAUGGCUCUGUUAAGGCUGCACUGAACAAAAUUACUAAAAUUCGAAUUUCUGGUUCCGGAGAAGUGGAUUUGACUGAUGAUGAUAAAAAAGACACUGAUAAAUUAACAUAUCAGUUUUAUGGUGAUUUCAAUUGA